CUCCUUCUCAUUUUUCUCUCUCCCUCCUUCCCCAUUUCCUCAUUCUUCAACUUCAUCCCCUUUUUCCCUUCUCUCUCCGCCCUUUUCACAAACACCACUCCCUCCAUUUCCCAAAAUUCUCCACCGAGACCGAUCACUCCACGAUGCCGUUCCUAUCUGAGGCUGCCAGUGCGAUUAAAAGCAGGUUCGGUUUCCACGACCACCCCUCCGCAUCGCUUUCGCUGGUUCAGAACACUCCGGAUCUUCUGAAAUCCGCUACCAAGGACUCGCUCGUGCAAAGCUCCAUAGUUCGAAACCUAAGCGAUUGGGACGACGAAAGUGUAGUCGGACAAAGUAGCGCCGCCGUUUCUUCAUCUCGGAGCUUUGAAUUCUGCGAGGAUCCUUCCUUCUGGAAAGAUCACAAUGUUCAGGUUAUAAUUAGAAUGCGUCCUCUUAGCAACUCUGAAAUAUCGGUGCAAGGGUAUGGAAAGUGUGUUAGGCAAGAGAGUUGUCAAACAAUUACAUGGACUGGACAUCCCGAGUCGCGGUUUACUUUUGAUGCGGUUGCUGAUGAGAAUGUUAGCCAGGAAAAUCUCUUUAAAGUAGCUGGUUUGCCAAUGGUAGAAAAUUGCAUGGGAGGCUACAACAGCUGCAUGUUUGCUUAUGGUCAGACUGGCAGUGGGAAGACGCACACCAUGCUUGGUGACAUUGAGGGGGGAACUAGAAGGCACAGUGUCAACUCUGGAAUGACACCAAGAAUUUUUGAGCACUUAUUUUCUAGAAUUCAAAAGGAAAAAGAGGCUCGAAGAGAUGAAAAGUUAAAAUUUACAUGCAAAUGUUCUUUCUUGGAGAUAUACAAUGAACAGAUCCUUGAUCUUUUGGAGCCAUCAUCUAACAAUUUGCAGAUACGAGAAGAUAGCAAGAAAGGAGUUUAUGUCGAAAAUCUUAAGGAAAUAGAAGUUAAUUAUGCUCGAGAGGUCAUUCAACUACUUAUUCAGGGAGCUUCAAACAGAAAGGUAGCGGCCACUAACAUGAAUCGGGCCAGCAGUCGUUCUCAUAGUGUAUUUACUUGCAUCAUUGAGAGUCAGUGGGAAUCUCAAGGAGUGACUCACUUUCGGUAUGCUCGACUUAAUUUAGUUGAUUUGGCUGGAUCUGAGAGGCAGAAGAGUUCUGGUGCUGAAGGGGAACGCCUCAAGGAAGCUACUAAUAUCAACAAAUCUCUUUCAACCUUGGGGCUUGUGAUUAUGAACCUAGUGAGCAUAUCUAAUGGGAAGUCGCUCCAUGUUCCAUACCGUGAUUCAAAGCUGACAUUUUUACUUCAGGAUUCUCUGGGAGGGAAUUCAAAAACAAUCAUAAUUGCAAACAUAAGCCCCUCCAUUUGUUGUUCAUUGGAGACAUUAAGCACAUUGAAGUUUGCACAGCGUGCCAAAUAUAUUAAGAACAACGCUAUUGUAAAUGAGGAUGCGUCUGGAGAUGUCAUUGCCAUGAGAAUUCAGAUUCAGCAACUUAAGAAGGAACUAUCCCGUUUACGUGGUCUAGUUGCUGGAGGAGAAAUUCAGGAUAAUGACAAUUCAGUAAUCAGCUUUCCAGGUUCUCCUGGAUGCUUCAAGUGGGAGGGUGUGCAAGGAUCAUUCAGUCCAUUAACCUCUGUUAAAAGGAUAUCCCAGAAAAAAGACUAUGACAUCGCCCUUGUUGGGGCCUUUAGAAGGGAAAAGGACAAAGAGAUGAAAUUACAAGCACUAAGAGAUGAAGUUCAAGCAUCAAUGAAGCUGGUGAAACAAAGAGAAGAUGAGAUACAAAGUUUGAAGAUGAGAUUACGUUUUCGAGAAGCUGGAAUAAAAAGGUUAGAAGCAGUUGCUUCUGAGAAGAUCUCAGCAGAGACACAUUUGUUGAAAGAAAAAGAGGAGCAUUUGAAGGAAAUUGAGGUCUUGCGAGCGCAGGUUGAUCGGAAUAAUGAAGUAACUAGAUUUGCUAUGGAAAAUUUGCAGCUAAAAGAAGAAAUUAGAAGGUUAAAGUCAUUCUGUUUGGAAGGAGAACGAGAACAGAUGAGUGAGCAAAUCAUGGCAUUGGAAAACAAGUUGUUGGAAGCACUAGACUGGAAGUUCAUGCAUGAACCCGAUCUGAAAGCAAAUUCUGAUCCGAUGAUGGAAGAUGUACGUAGUGAUGACAAUCUUGUCUCCAAACUGGAGUCAAGUCCAAAAUUACGUUGGCAGUCUUCGCUUAGGGAGGAAAACGAGUUUCUCCGGAUUCAGGCUAUUCAAAACCAGGCAGAAAUGGAUACAAUUUUCAAAAAGCUAGAGGUUUGCCUUGAGGAGAAAGAAAAAUUAAAAAGUCAUGUUGAUGAUUUGACGGCAAAAUUAGAACAUGAGAAAUCCCGAACAGUUAAUGAAGGAAAGCAGCAAAUGGACCUUCCAUCAACAAUCGAUGUGCCUGUAAUGAACAACAAUGACCAACUGGAAUUGAAAGCAAUGGUUGAUGCCAUAGCUGCUGCCAGUCAAAGAGAAGCAGAGGCUCACGAGACAGCAAUUAUUUUGGCAAAAGAGAAUGAUGAACUCAAGAUGAAGCUUAAAACCUUGAUCGAGGAUAAUAGUAAACUGAUUGAAUUGUAUGAACAAGCUGCUGCAGAGAAUAUUAAUAGAAAUGCUCAUAAAGGGGAGGAUGCUCAUGAAACUGGUUCCCAGAUUGACAACGGUUGCUUUUCUCUUGAAAUAACGAAAGAGGAAGCUGAGUUGAAAGGAGUGGUUGAGAAUCUCCAACACCAGUUAAUGGAAAUUAAUGAAGAAAAUGAAAAGCUCAUGAAUUUGUAUGAAAGAGCCAUGCAGGAGAGGGAUGAUCUAAAAAGAACCCUUUCAUGUAUUGGACAAGACCAAGUUGAAACCAAAGGAUUCGUGGACUGCCCAGAAAAGCUUGUUGAAGUUGAUGGUGGGGAAAGAGACUUGAGAGUAGAAAUUAUUUCACAGGAAGUGCGGGGUGAAAGUGAAAAUAAAUAUGAACCCACUACUACAUCUGGGUCUGAUAUGGACGUUGACUGUGAUGCAUAUGAACCAGAAAAGCUUUUAAAGGAUGACAGUGAGGCUGAUGUAUUGGUCAACUCUGAGAAGUAUAAUCUCAGUGAGGCAAAGUUAUCAGAGGAAUUAAGUUGUGCUACAAAGAAACUUGAAAGAGUCGAUGAACAUAUCUCAGAUGCAGUCAAGACUAUAGCUUCACUUGGUUGUGCUGAAACAGCAACAGUCCAAGUUGAUGAGCUCUCUAGAGAAAUUGAGAUUACAGAGCAUGAUAUUCACAUCAAGCGUCAGCAGUUCGAAUCUUUGAAACUUAAGCUUUCUGAAGCACAUGAAAGAAGAACAAUUGUUGACAAAAAGUUGUCAGCGCUAAAAUACUCAUUAUCAAACUUUCCCUCGACAUUUUCUUACUUUGUGCAACGGGAAACAAGGGCCAGAGCAGUUGUUAAGGACUUGACAUCUCAUCUUGACCACAAGAAAGGGAAAUUGGCUGAUCUUCAAGCGUCCAAACAGGGACUGGAGAAUGCUAAAGAGAAGAACCAAGAAUCCGAAGUUGAAUUGAAGAAAAAUAUUGCGUGCAUCAAAUUGAAAUUGGAGGAAGAGAAUCAAAAGCACGAAGAUGAAAAGGUUCUAAUUGCGGUCGAAAACACACAGAAUAUUGAUUCCUCGCUGAAAAAUUGGCAUCUUAGAAGCAAAGCCACUGAUUUACUUAAGUUUGAAGAAGAGAAAACAACACUGCAAGCAGAGAUGAAGCUUUCUCAGCAGAAACUCGGGGUUAUAAGAAAAGAACUGGAAAAUCUAAACAAGAAGGGGGCAAAUGUAGAAAGCCAGAUUGAGGCGGUUCAACUGGAAAUAAAGCAAUGCUUGAGGAACACAGAGGAGAAGGAACUUGCACUUGAACGUGUGAUGAAAGAGAAAGAGAUGCUCUUGGAGUUUAGAGAUAAUUGUAUGACUGAAAUAGAGCAUAUGAUUAUUGAACUCCAACAACAUGUGUUUGAGUAUGACCUAAAGGAGGGUGAAAUGAAGAUUCUAGGAGAAGAAUUGCAAAUGGAUUUGACAAGAGCCGAAGAGUUACAGACAGCUAGGGUCAUUGCUGCAAACAACAAAAACAGUUUUUUUUCUUCCAUUUCUUAUUCAGGCAUGUUGGAGAAGUUAGAGGAUGAGAUGCAGAAUCUGCACACAUCUGUUCAGGAAACAAGAUUGUUGCUGGAAGGCAUUUCCCGUGCCGCCUAAACUCUUGGUCUGUGUAAACUAAUUCUCCUUUUUCUACUUGUAUCAUGUUUUGUUUAAUUCUCCUUUUAGUUCCUAGAGAACGAAAUUGAAUUUUUUUUCAAUAGCACUUAUGGAGAAUGAAUAUACAGUAUUUUUUUCCAAUCU